AAACUGAUCGCAAAAUGCAAAGCAUCAUCCAACUUCCAGUAGCCAGACUGGCGAACCUGUUUUCCGUCAUCAGAAUGUCAAAAGUGACGAAGUGAAAUGAUGUCAGUCGUUGAUAGUCGCGUACUAAAGAAAACUAAUUCGCAUUUUAUCGGAUCGUGAUCGGAAAAAUUUACUGUUUAGUGUCCGUGUACGGUGCUUGGCCAGGCGCUUGUCCGCGCGGUGAUCGUUUAUGUGCUGUGAGUGCGCUGCAAAAUGUCGAAACAUGAUCGUGCUAAAUCGGGUGGUUUGCUGGAUACGCUAUUUUUCGGCCGACCGCACAAGAAGGGCAUUCGUGGUGGCUCGGGAAACUACGGCGGUAGUGGGCCAGGCGGGGGAAGUGGCCACGGAGGUCACAGCAUCAAUGGGGGACGGCCCUUAUCGGGUGCGGAGUCUGAAUUGGCCCUGCUUGAUGAACUAAACAACGAAAUGAAACGGAUGAACGAAGCGGAAGUGAAUCAGAGGUUCUUGGAGAUUCUAGAGGAUAUGAAUAUUCCCAAGGAUAAGCGGGAUCCCCUGCUGCUGAAGCCACUGGACGAGAAAAAGAAGAUGAUUCUUAUGCAUGUGAAAGGAAAAACGAACACCGAACAUCGUGCCAAUUCGCGUUUUGAAAAACCCAUCGAUUACAUCCAGUACCUGCGUGACGGCGACUUCAUCAGUCGCAUACCGAAAAUCCUGCAAUGUAUGGAAAGUUUACGGGUGGCGCUGACCAGCAAUCCGAUCAGCUGGAUCAAGGAAUUCGGCGAACCCGGUAUCGACGAGAUCGUCAAUCUGUUGCGGAACUGCAAAUCGAACCCAAGGAGGUUCGAAAAGAUCGAGUACGAAUGUUUGCGCUGUCUGAAGGCCAUAAUGAACAACUCGUGGGGGCUGAACGUUAUCCUGACGCCGGACCAGCACGCAGCGGUGCUGCUUCUGGCGCAGAGCGUCGAUGCCGGGAAACCUCAUACGAUGUGUGAAGCCGUGAAAUUGCUGGCGGCUAUCUGCUUGGUGAAGGAAAGGAACGGGUAUGAGAAGGUACUGAAAGCGAUAACCAAUGCUUCCAUGAUGGCUCGACCAGGGUGCGAUCGGUUCCGGCCGAUUGUGGAGGGGUUGUUUGUGGAGCACGAUCGAAACAUGGAACUGGUAAGCAAUACGAUGAUUUUCAUCAACUGUCUUAUCAAUACACCAUCUGACAUCAACUUUCGGUUGCACCUGCGCUGCGAAAUGAUGCGAGCAGGUCUGCAUGAUCGACUGGAACAGCUUACGGAGAUUGUGGAAAAAAGUAAUAAUGAAAAUCUGGAGAAACAUUUCAAGAUUUUCAAUGCUUUUCGGGAGGAUGAUUUUGAGGAAUUCAGCAAUCGAUUCGAUAAUGUUCGACUAGACUUGGACGAUAUGAAUGAGUGUUUCGAACUGCUGAAGAAUCUUGUGGUAGAUACGAGUAGUGAACCGUACUUUUUGUCAAUUAUGCAGCACUUGCUGUUUAUCAGAGACGACUACAUUUAUCGACCGGCUUAUUUUAAACUGAUAGAGGAGUGCGUUUCGCAAAUAGUGCUUCACAAAAGCGGCUGCGAUCCUAACUUUGAAAGUCGAAAUUUCAACAUAGACACUUCAACGUUGCUGGAAGACAUGGCGGAAAAAACGAAGCAGCUAGAAAUUAAGAAAAGUGAAGAUUUAGAGAAACGGAUGGAAGAACUUCAGACUUCCAAACAGGAGGCGGAAGCAAGAGCAGCAGCACUGGAAGAUCGCUUGAAAGAGAUCGAGGCCACUGGGGUCAUAUCUCCGAAAGGCAAAGGCAAACUACCUCAAAUUAAUAUUCCGCCACCACCGCAGAUGCCAGGCAUGGGUCCACCCCCACCUCCUCCACCGCCAGGAAGUGGUGCACCACCACCUCCUCCUCCCCCGAUGAUGCCAGGUGUUCCACGACCUCCACCGAUGCCUGGUAUGGGCGGUGGACCAAGACCUCCUCCGAUUCCAGGAAUGGGCCCACCACCUCCACCUAUGCCUGGAAUGGGAAUGCCAGGUUUUCGUCCUAUGGCUCCAAUGCCUGCUCCCCUACCACAUGGUCUUAAACCCAAAAAGAAAUGGGAUACCGAUGGUCCUAUGAAACGAGCCAAUUGGAAAGCAAUAAUUCCACAAAAACUGUCGGAACAUUCUUUCUGGGUUAAAGUGCAGGAAGAUAAACUUGCUGAUGAUGAAAUCCUGUCCGGGCUAGCAAUGAAAUUCUCCUCGAAACCGAUGAAACCUGUGGAUAAAGAUUCUGUAGAUCGACCACCGUCAUCGAAAAAGAAUGUAGAUCUUCGUGUUCUGGAUGCUAAAACUGCACAGAACCUAUCCAUCCUCCUAUGUGGUUCUCUAAAACACCUCUCCCACGAGCAAAUUCGAACGUGCCUUCUUCGUUGUGACACGAACAUUUUGGGCCCUAGCGUGUUGCAACAACUUAUUCAGUAUAUACCUCCCCCGGAUCAAUUGAAGCGACUCCAGGAGGUUCGAGCCCGCGGUGAGGCCCUAGCAGGUCCGGAGGCAUUUGCUGCAACGAUAGGUGACAUCAAGCGACUGGGUGCUCGGUUACAAAGCUUAUGUUUCAAACAGAAUAUGCCAGAUAUGGUGCAAGACUGUAAACCGGAUAUUGUAGCUGGAACUGCUGCUUGCGAGGAGGUCAAAACAAGUAAAAAGUUUGCCAAAGUGCUUGAAUUGAUUUUGCUACUGGGGAACUACAUGAACUCGGGAUCGAAAAAGGAAGCAGCGUUUGGGUUUGAGAUUAGCUUUCUACCGAAACUGAGCAGCACAAAAGAUUACGAGAACAAACAAACUUUGUUGCAUUAUAUAGCCGAUGUCGUGGAGAAAAAAUUCCCUGAAGCGCUUACCUUCAACGAAGAUUUGUCCCACGUAGAUAAAGCCUCCCGGGUCAGUUUAGACAACAUUCAAAAGACAAUGCGGCAAAUUAACAACUCCCUCAAGAAUCUAGAGUCUGAUCUGAAUAACAACAAAAUCCCGCAAAGUGACGACGAUCGAUUCCUGGAUGUUAUGGGCCAAUUUGCUUCCGAGUGUCGCAUCCAGACGGAAGUUCUGGGCCGCAUGCUGUCACAGAUGGAGUCACUAUUUCAGAAUCUAUCCGAGUACUACUGUUUCGAUCCAACCAAAUACACCAUGGAGGAGUUCUUCACCGAUAUCAGAACGUUCAAGGAUGCAUUUGUGCAAGCUCAUGCCGAUAACAUGAAACAGCGCGACGAAGAGGAUAAGAAACGGCGAACACAGGAAGCGAAAGAAAGAGCGCACCGAGAAAUGCAGGAAAGGCAACAGCGAAAGCUGGCACUUGUCGAUAUCGAUGCAGUACAGACACAGGAGGGCGUGAUGGAUAGUUUGCUAGAGGCUCUGCAAACUGGUUCUGCUUUCGGCAAUAGAGAUCAACGACGGAGAAAGGGACCGCGACCUGCCGGAGCAGAACGGAGAGCUCAGUUGAAUCGAAGUCGAUCACGAACCGGUAUCACGGCCAAUGCUUUCUCCAGCCGGGAAAUGCUCUCCGAGCUGCUCGGUCCUGCGUAGGACGUUUUCUUAGGACAAUACCUUUCUUGAAAGAAAGUGAUGCUACUUAACCUUCGUCUUGAGUGUUAAGCUAGAUAAAUUUAAUAGAAAGCAUCUUGUUGGUUUGUAUUGUUAACCUGCCACAUUAGCUAUCACUAUACUAAAGGGGUUCCCGUUAGCAAUGAAUAUCAAGCUAGUUAUUGUUAAAUUUAUGCACAAAAAGCGCAAGGAAUCGAACAGUAUUGCGUGGUUUAACGCUUACCAAAACAAAAAAGAUGUUGAUCGAGGUACGAAGAUGGAUUAAUACAUCAAAUUGUUAAAAAAGAUAUAAAGAUUGUGAAACUGGGUGCACCAAAGGUGGCCAAAAAUAUAAGUCGUGUUAAAUAAAACACCACAUAUUCAAUAUAAA